UCACAAAUGACAUUAUGUUGAUAAGUGUUUAUAGUAUUCUUAAACAUUUAAAUUUAAGCCAAAGUUAAAUUUAUGAUUUUGGGAAAUUUUUUACUUAUCCUUUGUCUCUUCCCCACUUCUUCCCCUUGAGAACCGCAUUCUUAUUUUCUCAUUUAUAUCCUGAUGAGAUGAUCAGGUAUUGAAACUGACCUUUUGAAGACAUGUAAACUUUUGUGGGGGCUGACUUUUCUCAUUCAAAUAGUCUAAUAUCAAUGGAUAUGAACUCUGCGUAUUUUUACUUUGGAAUCUUAUGCAUCAUUUAAAUGUUAACUUUCAAAAUAUUAAUCCUGAAUUUUCACAUUGUUGUGUGAGUUGGAAUUAUUAUCCAAUUAAAUGAACAUAAAUCAUACUGCCUACAUAAAUUAGAAAAAUAUCUUUUGGUGGGCUAUGUGUGUAUAUGCACACAUGUGUUUAUGUAAGACCAAAUAUCAACUUACAAAAACCAGUUCAGUCUUACAGUCUUGUUUAGUGUAACAUAUGGGCUGAGACAUUUGCUUACUUGAGCCUUUUCACCCUUUCUUUGUAAAAAGGAGGAGAGCCUUUAAGUGAAAUGUAAACUAAACUUGGAACCCCCCAAAUAAUUGUAAUACUACUUCACAUUUAAAUGUUUUUAAAAACUAAAGCAAAGUUUAAGAAGCAUGUUCAGUUAAGGGUUCUUUGGCAGCAAACAGGGACUUAACAGCCAAGCUAAUAGCCUUCGCUAUGGCAUCCAUAGUAACUAACACAUGCUUCGGAUGUAAAUAUUUAUACCACCGAGCAGGGCUGCAGAACCCAGGCAGAGCAGUCGGGACAGUGAAAUUAAAGCAUCAGCCAGCCGUUUUGGAUUUCUUUUGUAUUAUCUGAUAUUCCAAGCAUUACAAUCAUUCAUCUCUUCUAGGGUUUUUCAAAAUGGUAGUUUAGCCAGAAGAAAAAGAAUUCUAGAAGACCAAUUUACUUGGAGCAAUUCAGUAUCCCCUCCCCCAUGGCAUAAUAGAUACCCAAAUGAGAAUGGAGAGUCUGUUAUUGUUUGUCAUUAGCGCCCUGGAAUCUUUUUAAUCUUCAAAGCUCCUUGCAAAAGGCUUCAUUAACCGCUGCCCUCUUUCCUAUGAGGCAGUAAACAAGUAUUAUUAGUCCUACUUUUACAGUCGUAGAAACCAAAGCAGAGAGGUUCUCCAACUUGCCUGAGGUCCAGGAAGGGGUUGGUGACAGAGACCAGAGACCGGACCAGCACUUGGGUUUUCUGACUCACGGUUCUGGGCGCACACCUCUCUGAGCAUGCAUUGAGCCUGCUCUUGCAGGUGUUUUUAUCACAGGGAUCUAUCUACGCGGUGCUUUCUGCUCUCAGCUUUUUACAGUGGUAUAGAGUGCAGUGCAGCUGAAACCAGGUUAGUUGAUCUUAUGGUAUCAUCUAGAAAAACAAGAGAUGCAGAUUCUGGGUCACGAAGAUGUUCCUCCUGCUGAUCAAGAGAAGCUUUUUAUCCAGAAGUUACGUCAGUGUUGCGUCCUCUUUGACUUUGUUUCUGAUCCACUAAGUGACCUAAAGUGGAAGGAAGUGAAACGAGCUGCUUUAAGUGAAAUGGUAGAAUAUAUCACCCAUAAUCGGAACGUGAUCACAGAGCCUAUUUACCCAGAAGUAGUCCAUAUGUUUGCAGUUAACAUGUUCCGAACGUUACCGCCUUCGUCUAAUCCCACGGGAGCAGAAUUUGACCCAGAGGAAGACGAACCAACGUUAGAAGCAGCCUGGCCGCAUCUACAGCUUGUUUAUGAAUUUUUCUUAAGAUUUUUAGAGUCUCCAGAUUUCCAACCUAAUAUAGCGAAGAAAUAUAUUGACCAGAAGUUUGUAUUGCAGCUUCUAGAGCUCUUUGACAGUGAAGAUCCUCGGGAGAGAGAUUUUCUUAAAACCACCCUUCACAGAAUCUAUGGGAAAUUCCUAGGCUUGAGAGCUUACAUCAGAAAACAGAUAAAUAAUAUAUUUUAUAGGUUUAUUUAUGAAACAGAGCAUCAUAAUGGCAUAGCAGAAUUACUGGAAAUAUUGGGAAGUAUAAUUAAUGGAUUUGCCUUACCACUGAAAGAAGAGCACAAGAUUUUCUUAUUGAAGGUGUUACUACCUUUGCACAAAGUGAAAUCUCUGAGUGUCUACCAUCCCCAGCUGGCGUACUGUGUAGUGCAGUUUUUAGAGAAGGACAGCACCCUCACAGAACCAGUGGUGAUGGCACUUCUCAAAUACUGGCCAAAGACUCACAGUCCAAAAGAAGUAAUGUUCUUAAACGAAUUAGAAGAGAUAUUAGAUGUAAUUGAGCCAUCAGAAUUUGUGAAGAUCAUGGAGCCCCUCUUCCGGCAGUUGGCCAAGUGUGUCUCCAGCCCACACUUCCAGGUGGCAGAGCGAGCGCUCUAUUACUGGAACAACGAAUACAUCAUGAGUUUGAUCAGUGACAACGCAGCAAAGAUUCUGCCCAUCAUGUUUCCCUCCCUGUACCGCAACUCAAAGACCCACUGGAACAAGACAAUACAUGGCUUGAUAUACAACGCCCUGAAGCUCUUCAUGGAGAUGAACCAAAAGCUAUUUGAUGACUGCACACAACAGUUCAAAGCAGAGAAACUAAAAGAGAAGCUAAAAAUGAAAGAACGGGAAGAAGCAUGGGUUAAAAUAGAAAAUCUAGCCAAAGCCAAUCCCCAGUACACAAUGUAUAGUCAAGCCAGCACCGUGAGCAUUCCGGUUGCAAUGGAGACAGAUGGGCCUUUAUUUGAAGAUGUGCAGAUGCUGAGAAAGACAGUGAAGGACGAGGCUCAUCAGGCACAGAAAGAUCCGAAGAAGGACCGUCCCCUUGCACGCCGCAAGUCCGAGCUGCCUCAGGAACCCCACACCAAGAAAGCCUUGGAAGCUCACUGCAGGGCCGACGAGCAGGCCUCCCAGGACGGCCGCUAGCCUCCGGGGGCCGCAUCGGGGCUGGGCCCACCGGUUCUUUUCUGGAUUCUGUAGAAAAUACAUACUUUCUGUGCCAUACCAAUCAGUUACACUCAAAGUCAAAGCUUUCUUGGACCCCGUUCUGUAGGCAAUAACGUGCGUCCGCCUCAGCGCGAGAUUAGGAGUUCAAACAAUGGUGACUUCCCAGAACCCGCUGGCAGAGCCGCGGGUUGACGACAGUGUCCCACAGUGUCAUCACCACCCCAGCGCAGUCCAAGUCAGACUAUUUCACAAAGUCAGAGCGAUAGGAAAGCACCCUGCCCGUCAUCCUCACGUUCUCCCAAAUGGAACUUAGGAUCUUUUAACAUAGGAGGUUCUGUGAUAACAUCAAUGUUUUUCAAAUCAAAGGAACGCUUUAACAAGUGUGGCCUAUUUUUUAAGACUUUACAGCCUUUGGAAUGGUUUCCACAUGAUUGCUACGCCAGCAGCUCUCGUGCGUUCGUUUUUCAGUCUCAGUGACAUGGCUCUUUGCUUUCGAGUUCUCACACGACAUACUGGGAAAAUGACAAUCCUCAGGCGCUGGUCUUUUCUAAGGGAUCUCUUUACUCUGAUGAGUGACAUGAAGACCAUGUCUCCUCCUCUUGUGUGUACCUAAAGCCAUAUUUCCAAGUCUGUGCUGCUCCAGGAUUCCAGGAGUAAGCUUGUAGAAGAAAUUUAUUUUAAAAGAGAUUGCUCUGAAAUUUAUCUUAAAAGAGCUUGCUCUGCCUAUCUCGACAGAAAUUGGAGUUUAAAAAUUACGUGUUCACAUUUUUAUUUGCAGAUUUCGUUUCCAUUCAACUUAAACAUUGUUGCCCUUCAAACAGGCUCUUGAAUUGAUAAAAUUCUAGUCUCUAAGAAUUCCACAUUUUAUGGAAAGUUAGAACAAAUCAUUUUGAGUGAAGCCAGUUCUUAGCGUAAUGCAGGCUGCAGCUGCCUUUGAGCGGAAAGUAAGCAAGCCGCGUUGCCCGCUGGCACUGCCACGGCCGUCACUUAAGGCUGCGAUGCGGUCCUGAGCGCUGGGAGGGGGCGCCAGCGAGGAUGGGGCUCCAUGGGGCUCUUUCUGUUGAGAAGAGCACACAUUAUCAACACCUUGUCAGGAAAACACAGUGUCUGAGUUCUCGUCGGUCUUCAAAUGCUGCUAUGUAUUCCACAGGCUUCCUUGCAUGUACUGAGCUUAGAUGGAACAGCACAAGGAGAAAAAUCUUUCAGCUUAGCACUUCGUCUACUCUUUCUUUCUCUCAGGGUGGCCAGUAUUUUGACUUACUUAUCCUGCUUGAAAGCUACUUGAGAUGUGUACUGCUAUUCUAAACACGUGAUUCUAGUUUCUUUUAUCUCUGGCAUAAGAUUAUAUAACUUAAUGUUAAGUGUCUUGAUGCAUAAAAGACAAAACGUGGCUUCUUUUAGGAUCUGUUUUUUCAUCGAGGUCUCGGGUAUCCUUUAAAGGAUGGUGAGCAGCAGACACUGCUGCAGUGCUACUGCCCGCUGCUGUCUUUAAAGCCACUGGCAAUGCUUCUGUCCUCGUGUCUUGGAGGAAAAUCACCUGGGGGGAGGGGACUUCUCGUGUCAAGAGCAAGCGCAGGUAUGAAAUGCAAAGAUUGCCCCAGCUAAAAGUGGACAAGUCCGCUUUGUGAGAUGAACACUUCCUGAGAAACUUGACAAGUAUCUCUCCAUUUUACCAUUAUGAAAUCUAUAAUUUAAAAAAUAAAAAACAGUUUAGAUGCCUUCUCCUUUUGAGGGAAAAAGGGUGCUUUUUUAUUGUAUAAAGCAGCGUCUUAUGUAUUUUGAUAUACCAUUGUUUGAACUUCCGUCUUUAGCUGAUAGAUUCUCAAAUAUCCUUGAUUUUGGAUGUUCAGUAUGUUUGUGAGAGAGGUUUCUGGGAAGACGCUCUUUUUGCCCUAGGGAAAAAGCAAAAUAUCAAUGUUUGGGUGACUGUGUAAAGCUCAAUGUGUAAGAACAUCUUUUUGUCUAGGUUUUAUUUCUGCUCUUUAUUGAAGACAAACACUCACCAAAAAGAAAAAUCAAAGUUUUGAGAGAAACUAAUUUUCUUUGGCAAGAGUAUUACUUCACAUUUUGGCCUCCUAAAGUUUCCCUCACUAGUACUCGGACUCCUGUGCUCAUCGUUCCGCUUACGUAUCAUUGUAUAGAGACUGUUUAUUCUGUACCAAACUGACUUCAAAGUACUGCAUCGAAAAUAAACCGGUGACUGUUUUUCUUCAUAAAGUUCUGCGUUUGGCAUCUUCACUCUUUCCAAAAUGUAUCUGUACAUCAGAAAUGUCACUAUUCCAAGUGUCUUUUUAGUGUGGCUUUAGUAUGACUUCCUUUUAAUAUUGUACAUACAUUGUAUCUUUGUUCUAUGGUAAUAAGUAAUAAAAAUGUAGACUUCAUAUUUUGUACAAAAUGUCCUAUGUACAGAAUAAAAAAAGUUCAUAGAAACAGCAAAUAUAGGUAAGUGGCACAAUUAUUUUUCUUUAGAAAAUAUCUGUAACUUUAUGCUUUAGUGAAAUGUUUAAGUACCUACAUAUUUUUUAACAUUUUGUAAUUCAAAACUUUUUGUUUUGACAUUGUUUAUGAAGAGAAACUUCAAACACUUGCCAUUUAAUAUGCUCUUUUAUCUAAUUUUCAAAAACUCUAAAACACAGUGUAUCAUAUGGACUAAAUAAAGAACAUGUGAAUUU